UUUUUUUUUUUUUUUUUUUUCCUAUUUGCAAGGUUAAGGAGGAGGGAAUUUUAAAAGCCACUAAAAUAGUUAUUUCUCUUAAAAGAUAUGGCCUUUAUGCCUUGUGUUAUUUUUAUUUAAUUUGGUCUUCGCCAUGCUUAAUGAUGUAAAAUGCAAACACACGGGAUUUGCAUUUGUUCCCCUAAUUAUUCAGGAGAAUAAUUGCCACUUAUUUUAUAAUCAUCACUGGGAGGAACACCUUCCUCUCAGUUGCUUCUGAAAGCUUUUGCAGGGGAAGAGAUCCAAUAUACUCAUCAGCUAAUCAUAGAGCCUUGUCCUAGGCACUUCUGGGUUAAUAAAGGAAUUCACUGAGCAUCGUCUUAAAGGGCUGGGAAGGAAGUAGGAGACACCGCUUAUCCCAAAUGAUGUUACAGUAUGCGAUGACAUGUAGCAGAGUCACAAGCGCAGUCAUUGUCUUUUGUGUGUCAGGUAUUGUAUUCCAUCUUUGCUGAUUGGGUUCAUUUUCACGUCCACUUGUAGGGUAAAUCAUGUAACUGUCUUUCUCUCCUGAUGAGUCAUAUUAGGUUAAAUCGCAUGCUUUCAAUCUGAGUUUUGAAGGAGACAUGUGAUGGCCCUGGGCACUUGAUCUGGGGUCUGUGUGAUUCCAAAGCCUGCUCUCUUUCCUGCCUGCCCGGAACUCAUGUUCUCCCACCCUCCGCAGGGAUGCACACACACUGAUAUGACAGUUGACAAUGUCUUUACCAAUAUGUCUUGGUGCUGUCUCACAAAGCCCUGAUUUGGAUCCAUCUUUCUGUCGUGGAAGGAAAUAGGUUGAAGUGUCUUUAGAAGUUAGUCCAUUCAGAUCAAAUUUGGCGCAGGUUGUUCCAAAUUGUUCUAAACAAGCCAAGGCCCUUGUCUGUAAGGGAAGGCUGGAGAAAAUUAACAGUGGGAUACACUGCCAUUGACUGCUGUUGUCCAGACAGAUGGUGCCGAUGUGAUUGUAGACAGAUACCACAAUAGCCUCAUGUGGAAGGCACAGCAUGUUGGGCUGGGUGGCAACUUUGAGAUAUUAUGCACUUGAGAACAAGGAGGCAUUAGCCAUUAUGUAUGAUACCUAAUGGUGUCUGUAUAUACAUAUGAGUGUGGAUAGUGUGUGUGUGUGUGCGCGCACACGCACAUGUGUACACAGGUACGUGUGCAUGCUCCAUGUAAGUUAUGUUGUAGCAUAGUUAUGGUGGAGACAGGAAUGCAUAUAAAUAAGAAGUUAGUGCAGACUGACAACAUCUCUGAGAUGUGUUCAUGGUCUUUAAAAAUAGUGAGCACUAAUGGCUGCACUCUCGUGGUUUUGCACUUCUCGGUUACGUCACUCAUUGUUGGUGAAUUGGUGACUGUUCAGGUCAAGAGGGCAUCUUGGGGUGAUGGAGUAGACUUUUGUCUUCUUUGUGUGGAACAAUGCUUGUACCAUCUCUGGAUCCUUAGCAGUCUCAUUAUGAAGGAGGCUGAAGAAGGUGACAGGCCUUCUCUGCUGUCUUUGUACACUCCCAUAAAUCCUCCAGUGGACUGACUGUGAGGCCUGCACUCGGCAUUCCUCCCUUCUCCUGGGAUUCUGGCUCGGCCCUGACAUCAUUGUAAUCUAGUUUUCUGUGUUUAAUAUUUCUUAGACUUGGUUUCCCAUUGCAAGCAUGGAAGAAACCCUAAUGCAUGAGUUUCAGAGGAGAAGGUAGCAGUCUGAACCUGCUGUGUGGCUCCAUCAGCAAGAAACCUGCCAUAUGAAUAUAAAAUUGUGAUUGCUGGGAAUCAUGAACUGACAUUUGAUAAGGAAUUCAUGGCAGACCUCGUUAAACAGGACUACUACCGUUUCCCUUCUGUGUCCAAAUUGAAACCAGAGGACUUUGACAAUGUUCAGUCCCUCCUGACAAACAGUAUUUACUUGCAAGAUUCAGAGGUAACCGUGAAAGGAUUCAGGAUAUACGGUGCACCCUGGACCCCGUGGUUUAAUGGAUGGGGCUUUAACCUACCCAGAGGCCAGUCUCUGCUGGACAAAUGGAACCUAAUCCCUGAGGGCAUCGACAUACUCAUGACACACGGACCUCCUCUAGGUUUUCGAGACUGGGUUCCAAAGGAACUUCAAAGGGUGGGCUGCGUGGAGCUCUUAAACACAGUCCAGAGGCGCAUUCGGCCCAAGCUCCAUGUGUUCGGUGGGAUUCACGAAGGGUACGGCAUCAUGACCGACGGUUACACCACCUACAUCAAUGCCUCAACCUGUACAGUCAGCUUUCAACCGACCAACCCUCCAAUCAUAUUUGACCUUCCAAACCCACAGGGCUCCUAAAGCACUCAGCAUCCCGUUGGAAUGUGAGGGACGGUCUACAAACUGCCAUUUUUCUAAUUAUAAACUCACAUUCUCUGAUUUGUUUAUUUCUAAAUCCUGUGAGUUCUUUUUGUAAAUUGUUGGAACAGGAGGGAAAAGAAAAAAGAAAAAAAAAAAGAUGCUAGCGUUGUGCCGCCUCUUUUUUGCUUUUUUGAGUGGGGUAUCCAUUUGAAAUCAAAGGAACAUUGUGAAUUUGUAAAAUGACUUCUGUUUGCUCAAAGGCCACGCCAUUGUAAAUUGUUAGUAUUUGCCAAAGGACAGCCAAGCUUUCUUUAAAAAAAAAAUGAUUAUUUUAAAAAGUCUUAUUUGAAUAUGCUUUAAGCUGAAAGGAAAAGAUUAAAAAAAAAAAAAAGACAGAAAGAAACACAAAAGCAGUGUUUUGAAAAAUCACCCAGAUUUGCACAACUCUGAGUAUUGUUUGAUAUGUUUUAAUUUUCAAUGUUUUGUUGUUGUUUUCUUGGUAUUGCCUCAUUUUUAUUUUACAAAUGUGGCCCCAAUUUAGAGCAAUCUCAACAGAAGUUGGUUAGGAAAAACCUUAGCUUCUCUCUGGCUAUAAAGAAGACUGUGUCUGAGGUGGGGGAAGAACAGCCCUCAUGCAGAGGCUUAGCCAGAGAUCCAUAUCAUGAUGCUACCAACUCUCACUGUUUGUUUCUUUUAAAUUAUUUGAGCUUUAAAAAUAAGGAAACAAGAAUCUGUCAAGAGAUGGUCAUGCAAGGAAAAAGAAAGUGUGCAGACUCCCUUUCCAUGUGGAUUUAUAUAUAUAUAUAUAUAACUAUUUUUUGUGCAUUACGACUCAGUUGGGAGUUUAAUCUUGCCAAGGACAGUACAACUGCAAAGCCACAUCGGUAGCAGCACACCAGACGUCUGAAGGAACUGACCCAUUCUUUCUUCAAACUCAAGGUCUUAAAGAACUUGAGUCCAGUCUAGGUACAGUAACCAGUGUGUAUAGACUCCAGUGGAUGCAUCGGAAGCGAACUAAAUAAGGCUUAGUCGUCCUUUCUAUUUAAAGGCCCUGUUUUGUCUUCUCACUCCCCUCCCCCUCCCAUUUUGCACUGUGUGUUGAUGCAAUCUUCGCUAGCACAAAAUAUUGUUGCUAAUAAUCCUUUCUGGUCUCCCAUUGUCGAUGCCAUUGAGCGCUAUUCUAUUUUAUGUUACCUUCAAAUUUAGGAAAGCAGUUGUUUUCUUUAAAUUUAUUGUGAUACUCUAUAUCUAGCGGCCUUUAUAUGCAAAUAAAAUUGCAAGAUUUUUAAAUCGGUGCUGCGUGGUUGGGCUGCCUGGGGGAGGGCGGGGUAGGUUUGUCCUGGGGCUAAGAUGGUUUAUUUACAUGCGAUUUGAGUAAUCCCCUUCUGAACAAUUAGAAUAGUGGGUUUGUUUUUCUAAUUUUUCAAUAACUGUUUAUGGCCUACCAAUCCCAGGCUGUCAGGUCCAUUGACAAGAGGUUCUCCCUGCAGCACACUGGGGAUCUGGUUUGUCUCGUCUUAGAUUGCAGAAGGUGCAGCUUCCAUCUUUGGCCACUGUAAUGUAUGGGGACAGAAAGACUGACAAGGCUGUGACUGCUGUUUGGGAUGUGACAGUGGUAGUGAGCAGAGGGCGCCUCAGAGGACAGACACCCUCUCACUAAAACAUUCUCAUUUAUCCUCAUGACGUGCAGUGGUCACCCCCACCCCAUGGUUUCAUUUCUGUUUGAAUGAGUCCACUGACAUGUUUUUUUUUUUCCAAUGAGAAGCUGGGGCCAGUGGUAGGCUGGGGAAAUUGUAUAUACCUCUUUCAUUUUGUCUAGAUCAGUGGUUCUCAACCUUCCUAAUGCUGCAACCCUUUAAUACAGUUCCUCAUGUUGUAAUAACCUCUAACCAUAUAAUGAUCUUGUUGUUACUUCAUAACUGUUAUGUCACCACUGUUAUGAAUCAUAAUGUAAAUAUAGGAUGUUCAGGAUGUCUGAUAGUUGACCCUUGUAGUGGUUGUGACCCUCAGGUUGAGAAUAACCAUUGAGGAAAAGCACCUUGCUAUUGUUGUUUGUAGGGCCUUUGCUUGUUUAUAGAAGGUUAUUUUGUGUUUUAUUUUAUUGUUGUUUCCAUUUUCUGAAACAGUGUCUCAGAUAACCCAGGCUGACCUAGAACUCUGUGUAACAGAGGAGGACCUUGAACUCUUGACCCACCUGUCUCCACUUUUUAACUGUGGGGGUUUACAAGUGAACAUCCCCGCACCCCGAAUUGCAACAAGAUCUUAAAUCUGUG